AUGUCAGGCCCAGCUGCGCGUGCAGAGAGCUCCUGUCGAAGGUGCCAUCACAGGAAGAAACGUUGCGAUAAGACACUUCCGCAAUGCAAGGCGUGCCACCAUGCCCACCAACGCUGCAGUUAUUUGGACGACGAGAAGGAGACCGCAACAUUUUCAAUUGCAUACGUGCGGGGAUUAGAAACCCAUGUGAAAGAGCUAGAGCAACAACUAGCGAUGUUUUUGAGCACGCAGACCACCGAAAGCGAAUUGACCUAUAACGUAGGCAAUGAUAUCGGCGCUUCUGUUGGGCUGGAUUAUCCUUCUCACCCUUCAGCCACUUCCCCUGUGCAAUCCUCGAUCGCCAAUGUCCAGCCUAUAGCACAGCAGCAACAGCGCAUGACCAAUGUUUCUAGCAGCCAGCACACUACUACGACUACACACAGAGCGGAGUCAUUGACCGAAGAAUUGAAGCUUCUCUCCCUCGAGGCUACUGCGGAUCGACACGUUGGACCGUCGUCGGGAAUUUCGUUCGCCAAACUCACCCAGGCAGUUCUCCGACGACUAUCUCCAGAUCAACAAGAGUUCAUCUUUGAAGAUAGCAUUGACGAUGAACAAGAUGAAGAGGAACAGGAAGUUGGAACAGAGCCCCAAAAUGGGAUGGGGCAAGAGGGUUAUAUGACUGAUAUUGAAAUUGAACCCGGUGCCAUGUUUACUGCGGCAUCUGCAGAGAUCAAUAUGCAUCUGGUGGCAUCACCACCCUUGCCACUCUAUUAUUCUCAGGAAGAAGAGCCAUACAGUUUUCAGGAUUCACUCUCGUUCCUAGAGCCGUCACAUAUCAACCACCUGCUCGAGUUUUAUUUUGCACAUUCUCAUACUCUUUACCCGAUUGUACGACAACAGGAAUUUACUCAUGUAAUAUGGAGAUUAUAUGCCAAUCCAUCCGAUCCGCUUGGCCGCUCUGCUUUAUGGCAGUUUAGGAUCUGGAUGGUUCUUGCUAUUGGUUCCACAGCAUAUUCGUCGGUUUCUUUGCUAGACGAGACUGAGUCUGUGCAGCAUUUUAAUAAGGCCAUGGUGCACUUUGAGACUGCGAUGGGGUGUGGGGAUUUGGCUGCGUUAGAAGUACUCAUGUUGCAAGUGUCGUAUUCCUUUUUCAAUAAAUUAGGUCCGAAUACGUGGAUUUUGAUUGGCAUGGCUGCCCGCAUGGCAACCGGUAUGGGACUUCAUGCCGCUGACCAGUAUAAAAACUUGACUGUCGAUGUUGCGGAGCAUCAAAAAAGGCUCUUCUUUUCUCUCUAUAUGAUGGAUCGUGUGGUCUCUUUAACUUUAGGCCGCCCAUUCGCUAUACAGGAUGAUGACAUUACAGUAGAGCCCUUUGCCGAUACAGAUGACGAAAACAUUCGGCCAGAAGGGAUUACACCGUCUACAAAACUGGAGCCAUCGACGAUGGCUAUCCCGUUACAUAUCUUGGCUCUACGCAACAUCGCAAGUGAAAUUGGGAGCCGAGUGCACUCCAUCAAAAACAGCAAUGCGGCAAAUCAGCAGGCCAAAGAACAAACCCUACAGAGCCUUCAUAAACGAUUGAUCGAAUGGCGCCGCACAAUGCCGUUCCCACUCCCUGGCGGCCAAUCGAAGGUACCUCAUCUGUGUACCAACUGGUUUGACUUCAACUAUUAUACCCAUGUAAUCAUGCUCUACCGCCCCUCGCCACUGUGUCAAACAUUAGACCUUUCGCAACUCCGGGUUCUGGCUGAUGCUUCCAGCAUGGCCAUUCACCAGGCUAUUACUAUGCACAAACAACAGCGAUUUUCGUACAACUGGCUUAACCUUGCGGUUCUCUUCAACGCGACUCUGUCAUUGAUGUAUUCCACAACUGCGCAGCCGAACAAUCUGUCACAGGUACUGGAGUCUAACAAGGCUAUCGAAGAUUUGGAAUUGAGUAUCGAGUUAUUGCAGGCGUUUAGCAGAAAGUUUGCUUCUGCGAAACGAAUACAAGGCAUGAUCCAAGUCGUUUUGGGCAAGUUGAAGAUGCAAGUUGCUCAUUCA